AUGAGUUCAGAAUCGCACGACAAAGUUGUGGCGAAAGCCAUUCGUUUGCCGACAGAAAACUAUUCCGUGGAGAAGGAGAUCGGUAAGGGUUCAUUCGCGGUUGUUUACAAAGGUCUAUCGUUAAGAGAUGGGAGAAACAUAGCUAUCAAGGCCGUGUCGAGGUCGAAGCUAAAGAACAAGAAGCUUUUGGAGAAUUUGGAGGUCGAAAUUGCCAUUUUAAAGAAGAUCAAACAUCCGCAUAUUGUGGGGUUAAUAGAUUGUGAGCGGACUUCAUCUGAUUUCUAUUUGAUCAUGGAAUACUGUGCACUAGGUGAUUUAACGUUUUUCAUAAAGAAGAGGAAGAACCUAGUGCUCAAGCAUCCUUUGAUAAAGACUGUUUUUGAACAUUACCCGCCACCAAGUACGGAACAUAAUGGAUUAAAUCGGGUUCUUGUGGUAAACUAUUUACAACAACUAUCCUCUGCGCUUAAGUUUUUGCGAUCUAAGAAUCUAGUACACAGAGAUAUCAAGCCACAGAAUUUAUUGUUAUGCACACCGUUAUUAGAUUAUAAUGAUCCGAAGACGUUUCAUGAGUUGGGGUUUGUGGGAAUCUACAAUUUACCCAUCUUGAAAAUCGCGGAUUUUGGGUUCGCUAGAUUCUUGCCUAAUACUUCUCUAGCAGAAACUUUAUGCGGGUCACCAUUGUACAUGGCUCCAGAAAUAUUAAACUAUCAAAAAUACAAUGCCAAGGCUGAUCUUUGGUCAGUAGGAACGGUGCUAUACGAAAUGUGUUGCGGGAGACCGCCUUUUAAAGCAUCAAACCAUCUCGAGUUGUUUCAAAAGAUUAAAAAGGCCAACGAUGAGAUUACAGUGCCCUCAAAUUGCUAUAUUGAACCGAAACUGUUCAAUCUAAUAAGAGGGUUGCUAACUUUUGACCCGGAUUCCCGUAUGGGGUUCACUGAUUUUUUCAAUAACGAAGUAGUGACAGAAGAUUUGACAAGGUACGAGCAAUCGUAUGAGCCAGACUUAGAAUCCAAGAGUAAAGAUGUCGCUGAAAGUAAUAUGUUUGUUUCAGAAUAUCUAGUCAAACCAUUAAAGCAGCAGGAAUCUGCACAUAUACCACCAACUCAAACUGACGAGAACACUAGUGUACAAACUGGCGUUAGGCGAACCUCAGGUAAAGAGAGGCUCGCAACAAACCAUCCACCACAUCAACAGAUCCACCCAGAAGAUAACUCUCAAAACCCAGAACAAAGCUACCAAUCUGCAAGUCAGAAGAGGCUAAAGAGCUCUUACAAUGAUUUGAUUUUGGAGAAGGAGUAUGUUGUUGUGGAGAAGAAAACUGUCGAAGUAAAUUCUUUGGCUGAUGAUUUUGCUAAUAAUGGACCCAUAACAAACAACCAAGGGGCACAAGUUAUAAAACCCUUGAGAUACAGAACGUCUUCUUCUAGCGAUGCAUCAGGAGGAAGAAGAGCCUCUUUAGUGGAGAGAAGGCUUUCGAUAUCGUCAUUAAGCCCGUCGAAUGCGUUAUCGAAGGCACUAGGGUUAGCUUCUGUAAGGCUUUUCGGAUAUCAACAUAAUACAAAGGCUACUUCUUCGCCACCUCAACAAACACUACUGAAUCCUCAGAUAUUUCAGGAGCUAACGGAAAAUGCAGUAUUGAGGGCUGAUCAUAAACUAAAUCCUUUCAGCGAACAAAUGUUGGAUUCCAACAUAACUCCUGCAGUGGAAUCGCUUGCGGCCAAAGCAUUUGUCAUGUAUUCGUUCGCUGAAAUGAAAUUCUCUCAAAUUCUUCCAACUCCUCCUUCUUCAACCGACUAUGACCCACUGUCAGAUAAACGUCUAAGUAACGGAAGUUGCGCGAUAGAGGAUGAAGAAGAUUUGGAUCAAGGCCGCCCACCUUCUAAUCAAACUUUGACCUCAGCAACAACAAAGAUUUCAUCAGCCACCAAUGUUGACACUCAAAUACCGGCCCCCGAGUUGAAAAAGUUGUGCACCGAAUCUUUACUUCUUUAUCUAAAAGCUCUUACUAUUUUAGCUGCUUCAAUGAAAUUAACAUCAAAAUGGUGGUAUGAAAAUGAAAGUAAAAACUGCACUUUGAAGCUAAACAUUUUGGUGCAGUGGAUUAGAGAUCGCUUUAACGAAUGCUUAGACAAGGCUGAAUUUUUGCGUUUAAAGCUCCAUGCUAUUAAUACAUCACCAAAUUCCCAAUGGUCAGAUGAUGACCCUGUAAUUUUUGUUGAAAAGUUAAUAUACGAUCGUGCUUUAGAUAUAUCUAGAAAUGCUGCAAGAAUGGAAAUGGAAAGUGGGAAUUACAAUACUUGUGAACUAGCCUAUGCUACUUCAUUAUGGAUGUUAGAAAUUUUGCUGGACGAAAAUUUUCAAUUCAACGAAGUCUAUGAUGACGAGUAUGCAUCAAAUAUCACCUCCUUAGACGAAUCAGAUAAGGAAAUGAUAAAGAAAUACAUUUCAAGUAUUGCUAAUAGGUUAAAGGCACUAAAAUCCAAAAUGGUUUAG